AUUGGCGAUCCCAGAAUAGUGGAAGAUCUUAGUACUUCCAAUGGCAGAGCCUCAGCAUCUUCUCAACUUUCUUCACGCUUUCCAACACCCAUCUCUCCUUUAUUAUUACUUUUUCUUUUUCUUCCACUGUUUAUUUAUAUUUUUUUUAAGAAAUCUCAUCUAGUUGCUCAUAAUUCGCUAAUUAUUGCUCUCAUCUUUUUCAUCUGGACAGUCCUCUCCCCCUCUACCCUUGGAUUAAUUAAGCGAAAGAAAAUCGUCGUACUCAAGCAGCUAUCGUAAUACGAGGAAACAGAAAAGACAGUAACAAUGCAAAGUAUCUAGAAGAGCUGUAUUUUGUUUACCUACUUGAAACUUAUGGAAGCCAAUUCAGAAACUAAGAGUAAAUCUGAUGAAAUGGAGCAAGGAGUCAGUCGCACACAAUCCCAAGAUCCACUGGAUUCAUCUUCUACCAGCUCUCUAUCUGUGUUUAUAGAUCACAAUGAAAUUCACAAUGAAUUACCGCGAACACCUGAAAUAGUCACCGAUUCACCUAAGGAAGACUAUGCUGAUAGGGCUUCCAUGGACGAGGCUUUGAAGUCGGAAAAAGCAUUCAUUGAAUACGUUAUGUCCUUUCCCACUAAAGAGUCGUGGGAGCAUCACAGGUCGAUUGAUUCGAUGUCGACUAAAAGCAAAAGUCCGACAGCUUGCGGUACGACUACAAAAGUGGGUCUAGAUCAUUUGGAUAACUUGUGCAAGCUCAUGGAACAGCUCAGUGAACUCCGAGAUACUAACUAUAAGCUACAUAGGAGGGUACAAUACCUGGAAGACCUGAAGUCAUUACACGACAUGCAUAAAGAGAUUACAGAAAGUGGACAAACGUGUUCAGAUUUCGUUAAACCAUCCAAAUCCGGCCCUUACGAGUUGCAGAAAAGCGCCACUGAAACCCAUGUUGGCAAGAAGGAAGAAACCGCAUUUUCACACCGAAGUCCAUCUAAGUAUUUAAGUCGUCGAAGUAGACAUCAGAACCCCGUAGUAGGUGUGAGAAGAGAACGGAGUAAAUCCGUUGGACAUGAAGAUUUAGGAGAAGAUACUAAAUCAAAAAGAAUCUUUCCAAAGUGGUCCAAAGUGAAAGAAGCCUUUGGAUGGGAGAGUGAAAGAAAAGAUUCAGGGAAGACUAAAGAAGAUCGCCAUCUUCUUCAAGCGCCAAGAAGACGCUCUGACGAGGCAAGGCAAAUUCUUCGCCAUCCUGGUAGUCCAACAUGGUACCACGACAUUGCAUCAAUACAUUCCUCACUAGAAGAUAUUCAUGAUGAUUUUGAUGACAACAGAUGGAAAAGAGCAUCCGUAGCGUCAGACAAAUAUAUCACCCUCGACAUCCCAUCAGAUGGACUGAGAAGACAAAAAUCUACGCCUAGUCCUGGAAGUGAUAAAAGUCAUUCUAACGCAGAAAUGAAAAUCAAGUGUGCCACGAUUGAAAGAGACAGUUAUCGUUCUCAAGACCUAUCCAAAUUCGACAAGGAUGAUGGGAAGAGGGGAAAAGGUCCUUGGGGACGAGUCAAAACCAUCAUAGAAAAACGUCGAGAUAGCCUCAAAAGACGGUCACUACGACGAGAUUAUUCACUGGCAGACUUUGAACCAUCAUCGAAUAAAGGACCUCUGUCUUUUUCGGAAGCAAUAGAUUUAAAGAACUACAAUGAGUUUGUAGAAUCCUCCAUUAGACAAAGUGUGACAGAAGAUGCUAUUAAGAAAAAAAGGAAUAAGCCUGGUCCCAUUAUUUUUGACCAAGAAGUAGACUACGUUUGUCCAAGAACGCCAAGUUCUUCGCCAACAUUCCACAGGAAAUCAACAUGGACUAAAAUGAAAAAAGCUCUGAAGGGAAAAAAGGAUGAUGAUAGAGACCUCAUGUCGCUGUCUACGCCUGCAAGUCCAGAUAGCCAACAUGAUGGGAAUUUCACAUUUGACGAAAUUGACGAAAUGACUAACGAUGCUGACCACGAUAGACCGGAAAUGAAUAGAGUUGGCAGCGAAGGUUACGUGCAUCAACUAUCCCCUGUAUCUCCAUCUUCAGAUCUUAUGCUUCAGCUUCAGCAGAACCUCAGCGAAGAUUUCCACAAGAAAAUUCAGGAAUGGGAAAGAAUGCGGAGCGUCGGGGCCUUGUCCUGCUCACCCCAAUUCGAUCACAAACAGUCCUCAGACGCCGCGAGAAACCGCAAGAAAUCCGAACGGGACGACAGCAAAAACAUUAAACCGAAAAUCAAAGAUCUUGCGUGGCUGGAGAAAGAGCUGCAGAAAAUCGAAAAGGAAAAACAGAGACUGUCUAAAGAAAGGCAGAAAUACGAAGAGAGGGCCCUGAGACUGGAAAAACUGAGAGAAACGGUACUCACAGCAAACAAUUCGAAUAAGAGAGAAGUCCUUGUCAAAACCGCAGCUGGGGAAUUCAGAUUCGAGGGUAUAUCAGAUGCUUUUACAAAGAAAUUAUAUGAAUGGGAAACCAAACGAGGACUAGGGCCAGAACUAUCGACAAUCGCAUUGUUGGACUCUAGCCAUUUGGUGGCGCAGCCAUCAAUGACACAAAAGAAUGGCCAUUUGCAAAGAGUGCUGUCGAGAUCUGAGUCCAGUAUUGCCGACAUGGGACAACCAUCUCACAAUUCCUCUAAUUCUUUGCCUUCUGUGAAAUUGGCUGAUGGAUUGGAAAUUGAUAGGGCAAAUCAUUCAUCCAGAGCUAAUUCUGAACCAGACUUGUCUACUUUGGUUGCUCUGAAAAAUGGUGCAAGCAUUUCGCUAAGUAAUUCCAUACGGUGUCACGAGGUUCCAGCUGAUGACGAAGCCGCGAAUACAGCUGAGAAAAGUGAUCCAGAUAAUGACACAGAGAAGAAAAGAAAGGAGUCCGAAACGUAUUACAGUCUUUUGGAAGAGAAUGUCAUCCUGCUGGAGCAAUUGAAAGAUAAAGAGGAAAUCUGCAGGAGGUUGGAAAAAGAAUUGGAGAUACUGGACGAAAAAGUGGAUGUCAUGAAUACCCAUCACAUCCAAGAAACAGAGCAUUACCGUGCAAAAUUAUGGGAAAUGCACAGACAAGGCACGACGCCCAGAGACAUGAUCACGUGUCGCCAGACGAUGGAUCAAUUGAAAAUGAGGAUUGAUACUUUAGAAAGGUGUACAGAGAAACUUAGAUACGAACGUGAAACUGUGGAAGAUAGUUUUCGAUACCAUUCGAAAGAACAAGAAACGAUGACUUUGGAUUUAUUGGGAAAAAUGAGAGAACUUAAAGCGGCUGGUGCAUCGAAAACUGGAAACGAUCUCGAAACAAAACAAUCCACAUAUCUGGAAACGAGUACAAUUGAACGAUUGCAAGAGUUAUCCGCUCUGCUAAUGAAGCAGACUCGUGAUUUAGAGACCACCCUGUCUUCAAAGACGAGGCAGAUUUGUCAAUUGAAGUGGGAACUGUUGCAUCGAGAUUUAUCAACAGUGAAGCUACAAACGGAAUUGCACUCUCACAUGGCUCACAAGAAGAGAUCCAAAUAUGCUCAUUGGAGAUCAAGAUCUUCUGAAGAAGCCUCUACACACAUACACGAACAGGAUUCCGGAGACAGUUUAACUUUAUCUACAGAAGUCUAUAGCUGUGAAGCCUCAAACAGUGAAUUUAGAGCUACCCAUUUAGCAAAUACUGUUCAGCAAUUGAACAAAGAAGUGCUGAAGUUGACAUCUAACACAGAUUGUGUCCAGUGUGAUGACGUACUACAAAGCAAUGCCACUACUACCACCAAGACUACUGAAGUGCCAAAUAAUCGAAAGAACUACCAUGCAACCACCAAAGAAGAGUUCAAGAAAAUUACAGUUCGAAGAAGUUCUGCCGAUAAUCUAAGCCUCAAUCAAGGGGACCAAAGGAAUGCAAGUUCAUCUACAAAUUCUGAAGAUUCGUCUGAUGAAUAUUACACAAAAGUAUCCUGGCGUUCUAAUGCUAAGGAUAAUCAGGACACAGAAAGACUGCUAAUGUCAUACGGUGAAAACCCUCCUAGAUCCCAUGUUCAAAGAAAAAAGAAACUGCAAAAAGUGUCCAAACAUUGUUCGGGAAAUUGCAGGAAAAGAUCACACACUUUUCACACCGAUAGAGAUCUGGUCAAACCAAAUAUUUCCGAAAUAGGUCCACAGAAGUUCCAUUCUUUCCGUAUCACCAGGAAACAAAUUGAGGAGAGUGUAAAAGACAGGCCUAUUGACAUUAAUCUGAUUCGAAGCUUAAGUGGUAGUCUCAGAAAGAAAUCUUCAUUGCAAAGUCCAAAUAAUUCCAUGCAGAAAUUUGAAAACACAAAUUUGCCAAAGACUGAUAUGAAUCCAAAAACUUUGGAACACCUACUAUUAAGAGAGAUAGCUUCGGACUCUAAAAUACCACUGCUUAUGCAUUAUCAACAUGACGAAUCAAAUGAUUUAACGAUGAAAAACUUGACCCAUCCUGUUCGUUCUAUGAGUGAAAAACAUAAAAGUGAAACAGCCACUUUAAAGCGAGAGUACAUUCAAAAGAAAAGAACGAAGAAACGCUUAAAAUCACCACCAGAAUCUGCUUUAUACCACACACCGAACGAAUUUAAUUCUAAGCAAAAAACUUCCAAAGAACAAUUGAACCAGCAGAAUGUAACUAUGGACUCUUUAACAGAUUGUCGUUCAUCGCAUUCUGAAAUUCCAACCAUCACAAUACAGUUCCCAAAACGGAAAAUAAAAAAGGGUUCUCGUAGCAGGGACGAUGCCAAUGCGAGCGAAGAGCAUACGUUCACCAUUACCAUGCCAAAGAAACGCAGCUUGAGCUCUGAGCACGAAUCCAGUAGUGUAUCAGAAAGCUCACCAAGGUUAUCACAUUCCACAGAGGAGAGUAGUAAACAUCAUUUUCAAUUACCAGAAAACGCAGGAGAUAAAGAUGUAACUGAAACAAGUACAGAUGAGGCAAAUGGCACCAUUAGACUUUUGAAAUUGGUGUCCCUAAGCAAAUUUGACACUCCUUUCAGUAGUGAUGGAAAUCAAAUGAACACUCCGAAUAAUUCACCAACGGAACCGUUUCCUCAGCGGAAACGUAAAGCAGAUCAAAGUAGUACAGACAAUUCCCCUUUAAACGGUACUAAUAAAAUUGCUGAUCAGUUUGAUAGAGUGUUACUACAAUCGAAUUCCCAUGAUUUCAGCAGUAAUUUUACCUCAGAAGAUGAUUCCAAAGGACAUUAUGUGAAAUCCCCUUCAGCGCCACAGUUGGACUGGAGAAAAACUUGUGCAAAGAAGUCCAAAUCAGGUGCUCCAAAUGUAAAGACGCUAAUAGAAAAGUACAAUCAAAAAGUCAUUGAAAGUCAAACGUUUCGAAGUCCAUAUUCUAGUAAUGUGAAUUCCCCCUCUACAAUACGAAAGACCUCAGCACCAACCCAAUCUUGUCAAAGUCCUCUACCUCAAACCAUUCCUUCAUUCUUUAGUACUCCAACAACACCUGUAACAUUUGAAUCUAGUAAUAACUCUCCAAUUUUUAAACAUUUUACCUCCGAAUUGGUCUCUAAGAGUCCUCCUUCCAGUCCUUUAGCUAUUGCUCGUGCCGAGGCAUUGAGAAGAGCAAAGGAAGAGUUUAUAUCGUCCCAGACAUCGUUAAGCCUACCACCGGGAUUGCCAACAGAGUGUAUAACUAGGUUAGGAAAUGAUGAUGAAAUGGAAAAAUUACAGAAUGAGGUAAAAUAUAGGAAAGCAGCAGAAACAGAUCAACAAAGACAAUUGCAACAUGUUGCACAAGAUGACGAUGUUGCAUCUUGUAGUUCAAUGGACUCCGCUAACAUUGUUAUGUUAAGGGCAGGGGCAAACUGCCAAGAGUUGCGAAUGCCAAAAAGAAAUUUGGAACCUCAAAAAAGUGACAAUCAAGUAGAGGAAAAACACAACUUGAAACCUUCAAAAUCAUUAUCGAAUUCAUCACUGUUUAAGUCAGUCCUAAGUCACGAUUUCAAAAUGCCAUCAAGUCUCCUCAGGUUAAAAAAGAGCAAACGUAAGAAAGACAUGAGUACGGUAACUCACCUUUGUAGACAGAGUUUACUUUUGACUUGUGAGGAUACUAGUGCAUUACCUGUUCAAUCAUCUCACAAAAGUUGUCCCUCUUCACCUGAUCUGAAGACGAAGAAUGCUGGAAAAUCUGGUUGGUUCCAAAAGAAUAUUUUUAAACAUAAAUAAAACGAAAAUAAAAGAUUUUUAUUCAAAAAA